AUGAUUGAUGGCACGUGUAAGCGUGACUCCGUGACACAACGCGCCUCUUUCUUCACAGUCAUGGUCCAGCUUUCCGCCAAUUCGUGCAUAUCGCUUCACACUGCUGAAUCCACAGAUCUUGACGUGUUUGACGGGACCCACACACUUCAGGUUCUCUCAGUCAAGCCCGUCGAGAGUCACGCAGCUACUGCUGUUGACCGAUACCGCAUUAUCAUUGCUGAUGGCAUCCACUUCGUUCAGGCCAUGCUCGCCACCCAGCUCAACCAUCUCGUUUCAGAGGAUAAAGUCAAGAAGUACACCAUCGUCAAUAUCACAAAAAUGACCUGCAAUUAUGUUCAAGAAAAGCGGUUGCUAAUCAUUUUGGGUCUCGAUGUCAUUCAGCAGUCCGAUGUAAAAAUCGGAGAGCCUACCCCCUUGGCACCGGCUCCGAAUAAGUCUGCUUCAGCAUCUACAACUCCAGCGGCACCGGCACCAGCAGCAUCUUCCUCUUCUCGCCCACCACCUGCUCAGGCAGCUGCCCCGAGUAAGGCACCUCGGCCAGCUCCUCCUCCUCCAACAACAUCCAAUCAUGGCUCGAUUUACCCCAUUGAGGGGCUCAGCCCCUACCAAAACACUUGGACGAUUAAGGCUCGGGUAACUCAGAAGAGUGACCUUAAAACCUACUCUAAUCACAGGGGAGACGGCAAGCUAUUCAAUAUCACUCUCAUGGACGACACAGGCGAAAUCAGAGCGACGGCGUUCAACGAAGUGGCUGGAGAGUUGUACGACCGGAUACAGGAGGGCAAAGUCUACUACCUCUCGCGUGCUCGCGUCAACUUUGCCAAGAAGCAGUUCUCACAUCUCAAUAACGAAUAUGAACUCGGCCUAGACAAGAACACCCUUUGCACUGACCUCACCAACGCUCCAAGCAUCAAGUACAACUUCACCCCUCUCAAUGGACUUGAGGGCUUGAACAAGGAUUCGACUUGCGAUGUCCUUGCGAUCGUUCAAACCGCCGGUGAACUGGCCACGAUCACGUCCAAGCAACAAGGUCGAGAGAUCUCGAAACGAGAAUUGACCCUAGUCGAUCAGUCGAAAUUCCAGGUUCGAAUGACCUUGUGGGGAAAGCAAGCAGAACAAUUCAACUCCGAAGGCUCUGUUAUUGCGUUCAAAAACGUCAAAGUCGGCGAUUUUGGAGGGCGUUCACUAUCCUUUUUUAGCUCCAGCAACAUGUCUAUCAACCCACCAGAUCUGGAGGCGGCCCAGAUCCUCCGCGGUUGGUUUGACGAUAAGGGCAAGCAAGAGGAGUUCCAAGCAUACCAAUCGACUGGAGGCGGAGGUGGUGGUGGUCCCUUUGAACGUGAAAAGCUCAAGUCUAUUGCCGAGGUCAAGGCUGCGGAGGUGGACGAAACGAAGCCCACAAGUCAUUCAAUCAAAGCAACGCUGUUGUUCAUCAAGCACGACAAUAUGUGGUAUCCGUCUUGCCAGACCAGCACUUGUAACAAGAAAGUCACGGACGCCGGCGACGGGUGGAUCUGCGAUGUAUGCAAGAAAAAAUUUCCCAAACCCGAAUAUCGUUAUAUCAUGUCGAUGGCGUGUGCUGACCACUCCGAACAAGCGUGGCUGCAAGGCUUCAACGAAGUAGGGACGGUUAUUUUCGGUGGAAAGACAGCAACAGAGCUUGAAGCUAUGAAAGAAGAAGGCGCCGACGCGUUCACAGCUUUUGUACAAGAGCACACAUGCGAGACCUUUAACUUUGUGUUGCGGGCGAAGAAGGACGACUAUAAUGGUCAAACCCGUGUGCGGUAUGGCAUCUCGAAGAUAUUACCGAUUGAUUACCGAGAGGAAAUGAAGUCCAUGCGCGACCAGCUGCUUGGUCCGUGGGGACAGACGGCAAUCUAA